UCAGGUUUCCAAGAUGAGGAUGAUUCAAACUAAACUGCAUCAGCUGGCAGAAGGACUACGACAAGUCUGGUCCAGGAUAUGUGCUCUCUACACAUCCAACACCACAAAAAGCUGGAAGGAGAAACAUCUCCUUUUGUUUACCUGUUUUACAACCAGCUUCAUUCUCAGCACCUUCCUCUUCUUCAUCCUCCACUUUUCCUUCAGAUGCAUUCAAGAGGUCUCAGUUCCCCUCACUUGUGUUUUUUGUAUAAUCUUAACACCAGCAAUGUUUUUCUCUGAAAGGAUCCGCUGUUUCGGAGCCUUGAUACUGAUCUCGAUGGGUAUGAAACAAGUGAAGAGUCUUCUGCUCACAUUAGGAACCAGUUCGGUGGUUUUCUUCAACAUCCAGAACACAUUACAAAACAUGAAACUGCUUGCAAAAGGCCUCCUCUGCAACUUAGAAGAGAAAUUACUGGAUAUUAAUACUGAGCCCUUAGGAAAUUAUAUUAAAAUGCUCAAGUGGGUGGGAAAGCAACUUGAGUAUUACUUUAAAAGCGUCACGUUAAUGAGUUACCAAGCAGAUUUUAGGCUUAAAGCAAAGGUGGACUCAGAGAACUUCAAAAAUCACCUCAGCCAGGCCGAACAGAACCUAAACCACACAGCGCAGGGUGUGUUAGCAUUAGCCAAUGCUCUGUCUUCAAUAGGAAAGAUUGUGUCUCCUGCCAUGGGUCUUUUGUUUCUUGUGCUUCUCACGGCUUUAUACCUGCGGAGAUUUCAGGUAGAUAAAAAGUAUAAUAAUAUAUACAUCACGAAAACGUUUCGCUGCUUUGACGAGCAGCAGAAGGAGGAGGGAAAACCGUGUGUCCUGCCACUCAACAAAAGCGAAUCUGAGCGUUAUGUCGUGACUCCGUCCAUCCGUCCGAGAGGUCGGCAGUGGAAAGCCAUGCUGAAGUUCAGUCUUCCCAUAUUCACCCACUGCCUCACCUGGCUGGUGUUUAUCAGUCUGGACGCUCUGAUUUACUGGCUUAUUGUUGUUUUGAGCAAACGGCUCGGUGAACUGGAGCCACUUCGCGUACCUGUCGGGAUAAAAGUUCAGGAGGCGACAUUAUUUCUAGGUUUACCUGUUGAUGAAAGUACAAAAGGAGCAAACUUCACCUACACAGUGUCUCUGUUUGAGAAGAAGUGUUUGCCUGAACCGGAACUGUGGCUCUUUCAGUCUCUUGUGCCUCUGUCUGUGGUUUUGGCCUUGCUGCUCGUCCUGAUUCUGCUGUCAUCACAGAUGGUCCAGCUCAGGGUUGUGCUGUCUGAGCAGUUUUUCACUGAUGUCGCAGAGAAACGUGCUGCAUAUCUACAUGCAAAGAUUUUAAGAAAGCGGUGCAAAACUAAAGUGGAAAAACAAGAUCUGAAGACUUUAGCUGUGCAGCCUGAUUUCUGGUGCCCAUUACUCUUCCAUAAGCACAGGACAGAUUCUGACGUUGUUUGAAGUCUCCUAAUCAGGCAUAAUCACAGGUUUGAGUACUUGAGGAAAACACACCAUUUACAGUGUACUAUAGCAUUGCUCUGUCUGCAGAAAGUUUUUUUUUUUGUGGUGACCAAACACAGUGGUCAGCAGAUAUUGUAGCCAGUGUUAUAGGCCAUGAUAGAGAUUAGUUUGUGCUGACCAAGGAGCCUUAGUGGUCAUCAAUAAUAAGCAACUAUAGGACGAUUAUCUUCAUUUAACUUAUGGGCUUAACUUUCCUGUAGAUUCACUGGCAAUGGGACCUGUACCAUAUAAGCUAUAGAUUAGCCUAUAGCCAGUUAAGUUUCAGUUCAGUUUGCACCAAUUCUGAGUUUUAGGUACCAUGAAAGUACCUUCAGAUGUGUGUCUGUACCUACACGAGCAAACAAACUCAAACUAAAGUGAAAUUCAGUCUCUUAUGCUCAUAAAAGCUGCAUUU